CCAAACCCCAACUCUAGUGAUUUCAUCACCAAUAAUGGCUAGAGAAGUAAGGAAAACCCAUGACCUUAAAUUCAUCAAUAGGCCUCAAACUACAGCUGGAAUUUUCUUGCUCUAUGGAUGCCAAGACAUGCCUUUUUCUCCAUAUGGAGAGUAUUGUGGAGACGAGCCAAAAAGAUGUGUGUUCUUGAGCUUUUAAGUGCCAAAAGAGUGGAGUCAUUUCAAUAUGUUAGAGAUGAGGAAGUUGGUUUGCUUAUUGAUAGGAUUCGUCGCAGAAGUCGUCACGACCUCGACCUAUAUAAUAUCGAGAUGUGUUUUGGGAGAGAAAUUUGAGGAUGAAAAUGGGAGGAGUAGAUUUGGAGAUGUGUCAAGAAAGAUUUUGGUGUUAAUUGCAGCCUUUUUGUGUUGGGGAUUUCUUCCCUGCUUUUGGAUGGGUUGAUGCAACAGGUAUGGAAUGGGCAAUGACAGAGCUGAUGAGAAACCCUACAGCCAUGAAGAAAAGUUCAAGAAGAGAUCAGAAUUGUAGUUGAAAUAAAGCAUAGAAGAUGUAGAAAAGAUGGAGUAUAUGCAUUAUGUGAUAAAAGAGACUCUGAGAUUACAUCCACCAGCUCCUUUAUUAGUCCCUAGAGAACGAGUAGGAGAUGUUGAGAUUGAAGGCUACACAAUUCCAUCAAAUAGUAGAGUUUUUGUGAAUGUUUGGGCAAUUCGAAGGGACCCCAUGACUUGGGAAAACCCAAACGAGUUCAUCCCAGAGAGAUUCAGAGAGAAUUUUGCAUUGAUUAUAAAGGUCAUGACUUUGAGUUCCUUCCAUUUGGAAGUGGGAGAAGAAAGUGUGCUGCAAUAUCUUUUGCUAUAACUUCUUUUGAGUUUACAUUAGCAAAUGUUCUGUAUUGGUUUGAUUGGAAACUUUCUGAUGGUUGUGCGUUGAAGAAGAAAAUGGACUCACUGUUUGCAAGAAAUUCUCCUUGCAUCUCAAACUGAUACCAUACUAUUGUAAACACUAUCGACUUCAUUGUCUCUCAUUCCAACUUAGAGCAAGAAAGGUGAAUGAAAUAAAUUUGAUUGACCAAUGCUAAUUUCUAAAUUCUAACAAAGACUUUUCGUUUAAUUUUUAUUUGAUCUAUAGACUUCAAAAUUAUACAUUUAAACUUGAAAUUUUGAGUUUGAUUUCAAUUUAGUCGUUAGAUUUUGAAAUAUUAUAAUUUCAUUCUUGAAAUUUAAGUUUAGUUUUGAUGCUCAGACUUUUUAACUUCUAACUCUUGUGAAAUAUUCAUUUCCUACUUUUUGUUUGCAGCAACAUCUAAUAGUUAAUUUAAAUGAAUUAUAGCAUGUAUGAUCUUUGGAAUCACACCCUCUUUCUAUUAUACCACUCUGCUUAGUUGAGAUUCUCAAUAGAUUACACUACAAGGAACAGCUAUACUAUCACUCCACAAGGUCAAACCAACACUGAUUAUUUAAAUCGAGGGGUGUGACACAUUUUGUAAUAUUAAAAUGGUCUGAUCAAAAUUUGAUAUAUCAAUAAACCCACAAGGCAGGAUAUGGGUAAUUUUUUAUUCGUUGGAACAUGGGAACCAUAUAAUAUACGCUUAACCAAUCCAGAAAAGAUGGAUCAAUCAAGUUGACAAUCGUAUGGAUCAGUUCAAUCUCUUGAAUCUCUCUCUAUUUUUCAUACUAUUCCUUCUUUUUCUCAAGUUAUUGUUUAAACCCAGAAGAGGGAACUUACCUCCAUCACCACCAAAGCUACCAAUAAUUGGAAACCUUCAUCAAUUGGGCAGAUAUCCUCAUCGAUCUCUUCAAGAUCUCUCUAAAAAGUAUGGCUCUCUCAUGUUUCUACAACUGGGAUCCACUCCAACUCUUGUGGUUUCCUCAGCAGAUAUGGUCAGAGAGAUAUUCAAGAAUCAUGAUAUCACUUUCUCUAACAGACCCAAAUCAACAGCAGCCAAUUUGUUUUUCUAUGGAUACAAAGAUGUUGGCUUUUCUCCAUAUGGAGAAUACUGGAGAGGGUUAAAGAAGAUUUGCACUCUUGAACUUCUAAGUCAGAGAAGAGUACAAGGAUUUCAGUAUGUGAGGGAAGAAGAAGUUGAAAUCUUGGUGAGUAAGGUACAUAAAGCCAGAUCUGAAGGUGUAUCCGUUAAUCUUAGUGAUUUGAUUACCUCGACCUCUAAUAACAUAGUUUCAAGAUGUAUAUUUGGAGAGAAGUUUGAGGAUGAAAAUGGAAAGAGUAGAUUUGGUGAACUAACAAGAAAGAUGGCUAAGUUAGUUGUGGCUUUCAGUGUGGGAGAUUUUUUCCCUGCUUUUGGAUGGGUUGACAAUAUCACUGGCUUGAUUGGGAAAUUGAAAGAAACUUCUGGUGCACUUGAUGCUUUUCUUGAACAGUUUAUUGCAGAGCACAAGACAAAGAAGAAAGAUGAUUUUCAAAGUGUCAGAGAAGAUUUCGUGGACAUUCUUCUCCAAGUUCAACAGAAGGAUGAUCUUGGUUUUGAAUUUACUCAAGAAAGUCUAAAAUCAGUGUUAGAGGAUAUGUUUAUAGCUGGAACAGAUACAACUGCAUCGGUAUUGGAAUGGACAAUUGCAGAGCUAGCAAGAAAUCCAACCAUGAUGAAGAAAGCACAAGAAGAAGUAAGAAAAGUAGUGGGGAAAAAGACAAAGAUAGAUGACAAUGAUAUCCUUAAAAUGGAAUAUCUAAAAUGUAUUAUAAAAGAAUCACUAAGGGUUCACCCACCAGCUCCUCUAUUGUUACCUAGAGAAACAUCUGAAAUGGUAAAGCUUGGAGGUUACUGUAUUCCAUCAAAAACCAGAGUGUUCUUCAAUGUUUGGGCGAUUCAAAGAGAUCCAAACAUCUGGGAAAAUCCAGAGCAGUUCAUCCCAGACAGAUUUAUGAACAACCCAAUUGAUUUCAAAGGACAAGAUUGUCAUUGCCUACCAUUUGGUGCUGGGAGAAGAAUCUGCCCAGGGAUGAAUUUUGCUUUUGCUUCAAUCGAAUAUGUGUUGGCUAAUCUUUUACAGUGGUUUGAUUGGAAGCUGGCUGAUGAUAAUAUGAUGGCUAAAGACAUGGAUAUGUCUGAAGAUAUGGGGAUUGCUCUUGUCAAGAAACAUCCCAUUUUUCUUAAGCCAAUAACAUUUUCAAAUUAAUCUACUAUUUGUUUGAUGUGUUACGUUAAUUGCUGUAUUUUGGUUUUUGGCUGUGUUUUAUUUUGUGGGUUUAGGCUAACGGCUGAAAAUCAUUGUAGAAGCUGUUCCUGAUUUAUAAUUGAUUACUAUCUUCCUUUAUCACAUGAAAAUAAUAACAAAUCGUUGUAGUACUA